AUGUUUGGGCUAUUCAGUAUUUUAAAUAGCUUAGUGUCAGUGAUUUUUCCAAUUUUUGGAUCUUAUAAGUCUUUCGAAAGUUAUAACAAAGUCGCAAAUGAAAUUGCUUUAUCAAAUGUUAAUAUUGGAGGGUUUCAGGUUCCAAUUAAUGCAUUGCUAAGGAAACCGGGGGACUCAACUAAUGGAUCCGGAAAUAGUGAAGAAAGUUUACAAAGACAUUUAAUAUCGAUACAAAAGUGGAUGGUUUAUUGGAUAGUAUAUGCCUCUUUGAACGUUGUUGAGAGCGUUUUUUUAUUGCGGUAUAUCAUUCCGAUGUACUCGCUUCUAAGAUUUGGGAUAUCGGUUUGGUUGGUAUCUCCAAUGAUAAUUGGGCCUGUUGGUGACACCGUGAGAAGCAACAACAUUAUAGCCCGAAAGAAGGAGUUUGAACAGUUUCUGCAAAGUGGGUGUGGUUUAUGUUAUUACAAUUUUAUUAAGCCUUGGUUAGAUGGCGAAUUCAAGGUGCUUGGAGGAAUUGACUUAUCAAAGCUUAUUUCGCCAUCGAUCUUAGGAUAUCUCAAUCAGUACGAAUUGAUUCACUACAUUACACAGUAUUUAAAUUUGAACAAGUCUGGUGAGGAUCGUCCUGAGAGUAAUUUCUUUGAUUUGGUAAAAUCAAAGAUGGUUGAUUCAACUGGUUCGUAUUUGUUUGUGAACAACUUCUUUUCAGAUAAAGCAACUAGCGAAGCAAAGGAUAUACCAUUGGAUACAGAUGGUCUGACUGGAGCAGACUCUACUCCGGUGAAUGUCUUAUAUGAAGAGUAUGAUGUUGUUGAUAAGCCAAAGGUUCAAGAUAAUGCAGGAAACAUCAAAAGUGAACUGAAGAUGGAAAAGAGAAAGGGGUGGAUUUGGUAA